UCUCAUCUCUCUCUGAAGAAAUGUAGUUGAACGAUUUGUUUGUUACCCUGAAAGCAUCGCGAAUUCAACUGGCUGUGCUGUGAUAUUGAGAGGUCAUACAUUUUCAAAAAACGAAGAAAUUACAUUUAAAUAUUUGCUAUCAUCAGAAAAGGCCAGAAUGUCUUCAGAUUUGUCCCUCAACAUAAACAUCAAGGAACCAAGAUGGGACCAAGGCACAUUCAUGGGGCGUGCCCAGCACUUCUUCAUGGUCACCGACCCCAGAAAUGUUCUGCUGUCCUCUGAAACUCUGGAAGAGGCUCGAGUGAUCGUAGAGAACUACAGAGCUGGUGUUGUGAAGCCUGGCUUGACAGAGGAUGAGCUCUGGAGAGCCAAAUAUGUUUAUGACUCUGCCUUUCAUCCAGACACUGGAGAGAAGAUGUUUGUGAUUGGCCGCAUGUCUGCUCAGGUGCCAAUGAACAUGACCAUCACAGGCUGCAUGCUUACCUUCUACAGGACGACUCCAGCGGUUGUUUUCUGGCAGUGGGUUAACCAGUCCUUUAAUGCUGUUGUUAAUUACACCAACCGCAGUGGAGAUGCCCCCUUGACGCUGAAUCAACUGGGGGCAGCCUAUGUCAGUGCUACUUCUGGAGCUGUAGUCACCGCCCUGGGACUGAAGUCUCUGGCCAAGCGCCUACCUCCAAUUGUUAGUAGGUUUGUCCCUUUUGCCGCUGUUGCUGCUGCAAACUGCAUCAAUAUUCCCUUCAUGAGACAGAGGGAGUUAAAGUACGGGAUCCCUGUGAUGGAUGAAAAUGGCAACAGGUUAGGGGAGUCUGCCAAUGCUGCCAAACAAGCCAUCGCGCAGGUGGUGGUGUCGAGGAUCGGCAUGGCAGUCCCCGCUAUGGCCAUCCCACCUGUUAUCAUGAAUGCCCUGGAGAAAAGAGCCUUUCUGAAGCGAUUUCCGAUUCUAAACGCUCCUGUCCAGGUGGGCCUCGUCGGUUUGUGCCUGGUGUUUGCAACUCCGCUUUGCUGCGCCCUGUUUCCUCAAAAGAGCUCCAUGAGCGUGAGCGGGCUGGAGGCAGAUCUGCAGGAACAGAUACGACAGACGAGUCCUCAAACCACGACUGUCUACUUCAACAAGGGCCUGUAGAGGAAGGCAGAGGAGCACUAACCAUUCAAACGCUCACGUUAGACACAUUUAUGAGCACAAAAAUGAGGAUAAAAUGAUAUGUAUCUAUGGGGAUAAUUUCCUCUUAUCAUAAAAGCAAAAGAUUUUAAUGAUUUUUUUUUUUAAUAAGGUUUAUGUUUAUGAGAAAAUUCAACUGUAGUUUUGAAGAAAAAAAAGAUUACAGACCUUAAGUGAGAAAAACAUUUUUUUUUUGUCUUCCACAGAUCAGAACUAUACAUUUAGUUGCAUUUAAUGAUACUGGAAGUUUGUCAUUUUUAUGCCAUUUAAAUAAAUGGUAUUUUAUGAAAUAUAUAUACAGUAAAAAUCAAGCAUCCCACAGUAACAUCCAUGCAGUUUUGAAUUUUGCUCUUUUCACUGGGUUCUAUUGCAAAGGUGUUCUAAAGGUGGUCAGACGUUUCAUUUCUUUGAACAUGCUUGUGUUCUGAUCGACUCUGCCUCCUGUUUCUUUUUUUGAGGUCGGCCUUAUUAAGCCAUGCAGCUAUAGUUGCAGAAACUUGAAGGCUCUUGGAGAACCUUCACUGCACUUUUUCAACUCCUCCAACAUCUAUUUCGGCUUUAUUUCUACUCAUUCUCCUCCUUUUCCAAACAGUAAUUAAAUUGUACACAGUAGAGGUUUUCUUCCUUAAAUCAGCUUUGAUAGUGAACAGAAACCUCUAAUACUGAUGUUCGAAAAAAUACCCAUACCUGUGACCUCUUCAUAAAUUUUAAAAUUCCCUUGUUAAAAACACUUUUUCAUAAUAUUGUUCACUCUGCCACAGACUAAAAACAUGCAGAUCAGCACAUGCUUUUUAAAAUAACCUUUUUUUCUGACCAUGCGAGUCAGUGUUGUGUAAGAAUACACUUCUUUUUUGAAUGGCACAAGUUUUUAGACAACCACAGUUUGGAAUAAAAUCAACUUAGAGGUGCUAGGAAGUGAUUAAAUGACACAAUUGAUGUAUACACAGGAUGUAGAGGAACCCUCAUACCUUCAUCCACCCAUGAUUAUUUGCCUGAGUUUUGUGCUUUGCCUCUUGUCCAUCAGUGCAGCUUCUCAUUCUUGCUCUCCUUUAAGUGUUCUUACGCCCCUCUGACAUUCCUAAUACACGGCAACGAGGUGCAUGUUAAAACCAACAUCAUUUAGAAAAUGUUAUUUUGUGAAUAUACAUGGACAAAGGUCACCUGUUUCUAGACUUUUAGUGACAACAUUUGCUGUUCUAACCUGCAGGGAAGAAUGUAUUGCUGCUUUUAAAACAAAGAUGUUUUUAUUAGCUGGAUGUAAGCUUGUGCAGGAAUUAUGAAUACAGUUUUUACCAAAUUGCAUAAGUAAUCUGACAGUAUCAAAGUACCUAAAUGAUUGUUCAAUUGGAUUAAAACUGUGUCUUUAUGUGUUGAAGUGGUCAGUUUUAGUUUGGCCACAGGGUUUUCUGAAGUUUGCAGAACGCGUUUCUGUCCAGGAGAAUUUGAAGUUGCUGAUGGAGAAAUAGAUGCAUUUAUCCUAUUUAUGAACAUGUGACUUUGUUUGUCUUGGAGAUAUUUAUAAAUGCAGUAUAUUUGACGCUUGUGUGUGUAUACAUAUAUGUGGGAAAACUCUGCGAGCUGCUGGUGUUACAGGAUCGGAUUGCUGCACAUAAAGAAGUGGGCUUUAUGCUCUAGUGCUCCCUGAUUUGAAAAGAGUGUCUCUGUUCUUGUAAGCAACAAAUUGGCAACAACUAUUAGCGUUUGUGCAGGGCAAUUUUGGUGUUUUUAAAAUGAAAUACUCUAUGGACUGUACAGGUGAUUGUCCCACUGUAAGACAUUUAACUUAUUUAGCAGAGUUAUGGUCAAGACUUUGAAGUGCUGCAUAGUUUUUUUUAAAGGGUAUUUAUGCAAAAUUCCUGCCAGAUACAUGGCUGUGUUUGGAUUUAGUGGUGUGAUUCAAGGUUUUUGUUACCAAUAAAUUGCAAUAAUAUUGGUAAAUGUCUUGUAAAGAUCAUUACCAAACUACUAUUUUCUAAUAACAAUGUACACAAUGUCAUAAUAGCCGUCUCUCAUUGGUGGCACAUUUAGUCAAACUAGGUUCUUUUCUCAGGCAUCUUUGGAAUUUUGUUCUGCUUCAAAGUAAGACUGACUGCAGCAUUGUGGUGGGCGAUAGUGGUUUUCCAUCCAUUCAUUUUCCAAACCCGCUGAAUCCCUUUAGGGAUCAUGGGGGUUGCUGGAGCCUAUCCUAGCUAAUAACAGACUCCAGUUUGACCCAGACAAUGAACCUUUUAUUAGAUUUUUUUUAGUAGCCCUUGUUUUGCUGCCGUACAAGUUGUCAGGGUUUGUUUGCAUUGAAUUAGAUCGUCACUAUAAAGUUGAAUGAACUGUGCUCAGAGUUGCACUGCUGCACAAAUAUUUUUGUGGUAUAGAAAUGUUUUAUUUUAUUUUUGUCUUACCAAGAAACCUUUUUUUCAGCAUUGUUAUUGCUUCUUCCUUUGACGCUGUUUUUGUUUUAAAUUAUUGAACAAACUAAAGAUUUAAUGCAGCAGGCAAUCGUGUUUUUGUAGACUUAAUCUCAGCUUAUGUCUGUACUGUAAACCAUAGCACAUCACAGCCACAGAUCCAGCCAAAAAUUCCACGUGAGUCAAUCAAGUUGAAGGAAAAGGUGAACCUGUACCGCAUUUAGUUCCACAAAAUUCAGAAGGAUUCAAGUCGCACAAUAGCAAAGGUAUGACACACAACCUUCCUGCAACACUCCAUGAAUGUUUGGUUUCUUUUGUGUUUGUAAAAACUCACAUAUUGUCAGUAUUGGUGCACAAUGUUUUCCUUGUUUUGUAUGGGUUUGAAAAGAUGUUUUCUUGAUGUAAAAUGUAUUUUAAUCAGAGCAACAGAAUAAAACGUGUGAAGUCCAAAGGUGUCUUGGACAGACAAUUCCAAAA